AUGGAGUCUGGGUCAUGGGUGACUGUGCUGGGGCUCCUUCUGGCUUUGGCGGCCGUGGGCCAGGCCAUCCAAGAGGAGGGGGCCCUGGAGGCAGGCCAGCAGCUGCCCCCCGACCCAGAGGAGAACCUGGUGGAGAGACUCGGCGGCCUGGAGAUUGAGGACCCUCUGGGCCGUGCCAUAGAUGAGCGUCUGCUGUACACCAUCCUGCGCUCCCUCUCCCUCUCCAAGGGCUCCCAGCGGUACCAGCGCAACCCCUCCCUCCUCCACCAGCCACAGAGGUUUGGGCGUGGCGCGCGAGGAGAGGAGGAGACGGAGAGGAUACAGUCCCGCGACUGGGAGGCGGCACCGGGCCAGAUCUGGAGCAUGGCUGUGCCACAGAGAUUUGGACGAAAGUAG